GUGGGGCGGGAUGGAAUCUUGUCUUUUCGAAAAGGGAACCACAUGGCCGUGGUUUGACUCGUCACGUAAAGUGGUCUGUGUAUACUGCACUUACAUCAGCAAUGAACAAAGGGUGUACUACCAUCUGUAUAAUGACACUACAAGAGACCGUGCAGUGCUGGACAAAGCCACGUACGACGUCCGAGAUUUCACGGGUCAACGACCUUCAAUGCAAGCAUGGUCCUCGUGGUCACUUGGGAUCGUGUGCAGCAGUACUUUCCGUCCGUCGACUACAAACCGACUAACAUGGGGGACGUAACCUUUCAAGUGGCUCUGGUCACCGAUUGGUCACUGUCUUACGCACUGGUCCAGUACCGGGUGGGUCACAUGACUUGGCGCUACCCAGGCCGCUGGUACAGCGUGGAGAUGGGAGUGGCCAAAGGAUCGCUCACAACAUUCCGACCAAACGUUUACUCAAGAACUGAAUAUGCUUAUGAAAUCGAUAAGCACUUUGGAAACACAGGAUACAAAGGAUACUGGGUCUACGAGUUAGGAAAGAUUCCAGCCAACGCCACCAAAACCUGUCAAGAUUGGUUUCGCAGGAACAAAGUAUUGAAAAGUGAACGAGACGCAGGGUUUGCCUCCCUACCUAGGUGCCCCUGCUCCAGACGAGGCAUUUUCCGAACUCUCUUGAACCAGUGGAGGUUCCAUCGCAGGGACGAGCAAAACCAUUUUAAGUGCUACAUCCUCAACCUGGCUCGCACAGGACAGUUCGCUCCCUUUGGAAAGGAGUGUUGCUACUCGACCAAUCCUCUGAAGCCAGACACACUUGACAUGCUCAUCACAUCUCCACCUUUUGCCGGGGCGGCGCUGGCCUUUAACCCUUUGGUCUUCGCUCAAGAGAAGCUGUACGACUCUGAGGACAGGAUCCCACACGUUGCUUGUUGUGAUCACGGGUCAAACAAACAGUGUCGUCAGUUCUACAGCCUAAGAGAAAUCGGAAAAUGCGACCCUAAUCUAUCGUUUCAGUGGGCUCCCCUGUACGGUGACACACACAUAACAACGUUGGACGGAAGGCAAUACCUCUUCAAUGGUCUAGGAGAGUUUACACUGGUCAGACUGGACACCUCAACGUCAAUUUAACUCUUCAGGCCCGGACACAGAGGGCGGAGCUUCGGCCGGGAAAUCCCACCAACGGGACUGUCUUUACGGCGGUCGGGGCGGAGGAGAACGGAGUGAGGGUCUUCCUGCAGAUCGACCCCAACACCAACUCCACCCUGAUUGUCUACGCCAGUGGUGUAGACUACACCAACCGUUUCAAGCAAGAGGGAGACAACUUUUUUUUGGAUGAUGCAAGAGUUACGCUUAAGCGAGAAAACGAUACGUGUAUUGUCAGCUUUCCCUCUGGUAUAAGCCUGCAGACUUACAUCCGCGCGAAAGCCUUAGUAAUUGAAAUUGCCAUGCCUCGCAACUUCCGGAAUAUGACAAAAGGGAUGCUGGGAAAUUUCAAUGGAGACCCCACGGACGACUUUAUUCUGCCCAGUGGCGAGCGUCUGAACAACAGUUUGAGUGAGCGUCAGAUCUUCAACUUGUUUGCCAA